UCAUAUCAUGUCGCAUCAUGAAAGAGGCACGCAUGAUUGCAGAGAGGAUUGAGAUAAUUGAAAAUAAAAUCCAAGAGCUCGCUAUAAGUUUAACAAGAGAAGGACAGAAGAAAACACAGGCUCAUUCCUGUGAAGCUGAUUUUGGAAGGGAAUAUGUUAUGGAGCAAAUCCUGAGAGCAAUGGCAAAGCAAGAGAGACUAAUGUUACAUGAAAGGAUCAGUUUGUUGAACAUGACUAGUUGGCCCAAACAUAAGCUAUCUGGCAAAGACGCUGUUUCUUCAGUUCUGCAGAGUUCAGCACUGGGACUACCACUGCUUUCAAAACUUGUGACUGAGUUGGUCACUGUGGGAUCAAAAGCAGCUGUAAAAGCAGCCGGACGUAUUGCAGGAGGAGCACUUGGACUUGUAGUCUCAAUUCCUGAGCUCAUUAUCAAUUGUUUAAAACUGGAUGACUGUGAGACAGAAAACUGUAAGCGCCUGAGAGAGAAUGUGCAAGCCAUACAGACUGCUUCUGAAAAGAUGGAAAAAGAACUUCAGGAAAUGAAAAAAAUGAUUAAGAGGUUAGCCCAGGUUUCACGCUGCAUAGAAAACAAACACAGGAAGAGUGAGGAAAGGACAAUGUUAAAGGAGUUUUCUCUCAGCUACUGCUGGGUGACUUUAACUUUACAGUUUUGCUUUUCAAACUCAGAGGCUGAAGCCUUCUUCCAUCUCGUGGACAUGUUUCACUUCCUGAAAGAAAAGCUUGAUGAGGAAGAAAAGAAGAACCACUCCAACACCGUUGACAUCACUUUCGUGGCACAUGGAUCAAUCACAAACUCCAUGAUCCCAGCCAGCUAUCUGCUGCCUCUGCCCACCCUCACCGACGUCAUACUGUACUCUCCCUGGAACUGUACUCUCAGUGGCUAUGCAGCGUAUGGUGUUGCUACUGGACUCAUAGAGCCUCAGCACAGAGUGUUUUCCUGUGGUAAAAAAGACUGCAAAAUUCCUGAUGCAGGGCAUCGACCCACCAAACUUCCAAAUGAGUGGAACUCAAUGAAGAAAGCUGGAGAUCGAAAGAUUCCCAACAUCAUGCUGAGCCCUUUACAACCAUCCAAAGAUGGUGCGUGGAACGAAUUUGAGAUUCUUGAGAGUCAGCAUGGUAAACCUGGGAGGAACCGCAUUGUCAUCCCGUUCAUCCUCCCUAAAGAGAGUGAAGAAGAAGUCCCAUUCUUUAUUGUCUCCUUGGCUCUGUCUCUGGUGCUCCUGUUCUCCAGGUUUGAAGCCACGCUCCAUCUCACUGCCUGUCUGAGCAAAUCUGAUAAAGAAAUGAAACUUGAUGAGGAUGCCCUGAAGGAGCAGUAUGCCUGCACCAUCGACAACACAAGCAUGACAUCUAAAAAACACAUGAUACCCAAUAGACUGUGCAGCUCUUUUAAAGCUGUGUUUGAUUAGACAUCUUGAGUUUUCCCUGGAAUGACUUUCCAUUUUCCGUGUUCACUCCAGGUGCUCCGGCUUCCUCCCGUGGACUGGCAGGAAGUUGGAGCUGUGUUAGGGUAACAGGGGAUUUUAAAUCAGUUGUAGGCGUGAAUGUGUGUCAGUCUUUGUGUUAGGCCUGUGAUGGACUGGUACUGGCAGUCAGUGACAGCUAGGAUUGGUUCAGCCACAAUCCUGAAAUGGAUAAGCAGAAAAGGGGUGGAUCUUUGUGCCAGCUAUCUUUACUAAAUUAGUUUUAGAUCUUUAUGAUUAUGUACAUGUUUAAAAUGAUUCACUUAUUUACAGCAUAUUUAUUUGGAAUAAUCAACUUCAUAUAAGUUUAUCCCAUACUGACUAUAGUGCCAAGACUACAGAUAUAUUUCUUUUAUAGGAACUCCUUUUCCUGUUAAGUCUUAGUUGUUUUGUUUUGUUUUUUGUUUUUUUGAUGGGCAUAGAAGUGAUCAAAACUAUGUUUUGAUAUAAAGUUUCUGUUGAUCAUAGACAUGGCUCUGUUAGACUGCACAUUCAAGAUCAGAGAGCAGACAGAAGCUGCAGCAAAUAGCUGUUUUUUGUUUGAUUCUUUUAAUGUUCAUUUUUUGUUUUGUGUGACCUUUAUUCAGAGAAAUAAAACUUCCU